GUCGCACCGGGUGGGAGCGCGUCUCGGUGCCGUCUGGGACGAGGACCACGCGUGGCGCCGUCCGCGUCCCGCCGCCGCUCCAGAGACUGCAGCACCACCGCCGUCGUGCGGAGACUGCAGCACUCCGUGUGACGCUAUCGUGUAGGGAGCGCGGCGUUCCACGCCGGCCGGCGGCGGCGGGAGACUGCAGGAGCGGCCAAGUGAACAGCACCCCGGGGGAGCGCGAGUGGCCAUGGACCCGGCCGACUGCGAGUGACUGGGACCGGGGAGCCGGUAGUAGCGCUGCGCCGCUGUCCGUGAGGUCAAACCUGGUGACACUCGGAGGAGGAGGUCGGCUGCGGCUGCACCAUGCUCAUCACCAGCCGCUGCUCCUCGCAGAGCAGUGUGUCGACGCUGAGCUGUGCUUCCAGCAGCACCAACACCGAGCUCAGCCAGAACCAAGGCCAGCUUGACAAGAUCAAGGUGCUCGUGCUGGGCGCGCCGGGCGUCGGCAAGACAGCACUGUGCGUCCGAUACCUGACGAAAAGAUACAUAGGAGACUACAGCUCCAGUGGCGACAUGAGAUAUACGCAUACGGUGACCUUCGACGGCGUCAAGACGGGGGUCGACAUAUUGGACAGCUGCAGGUGCAUGGCGACCGGCUGCCUGUUCAACCACCUGCGGUGGGGCGAGGCGUUCCUGGUGGUGUACUCCGUGUGCGACCGGUCCAGCUUCCAGGCGGCGCGCGGCUUCCUGGAGACGCUCGGCCAGGAGAAGCUGCCCGGCUACUUCACCACCGUCCUGCUGGGUAACAAGCGCGACCUCGAGCACGCCAGACAAGUGGACACAGAGGACGGGCACGAGCUGUCGCUCGCAUACGGCUGUCCCUUCUACGAGGUGUCGGCAGCCGAGAGCGUGACCGGCGUCUCCCUCGGUUUCCACACCCUGCUGAAGGAGGCCAGGAGCCUGCAACUACUCAAGAUGCUGCCCAUCCGUCGCAAGGCAGGCGUCAACAGCGUCUCCAAGGUCCUCGGAAACAUCUUUGGCAAGAACGGGAAGUACAGGAAGAAACGUCCGUCGCUGAGCAUUUGAGACGGACUUGGCCUGGAGCCUGCCGGGUCAACGGAUUAUGAGUGGCUAGGUCGAAUUCGGUCUGAGAAUGAGCAUUUGGUUCGGUACGUGAUUGUGAGUGUACUCGGGAGCUAGAUGUUUUCUUUUGACCGUAGAUUCAGGCAGGACCUGCGUGUGCCUGAUUAAAGACAGCUGGGUUGACACAGUAAACAAUCCCACAAGCUUCUAGACUGCCAUAAUUGCUCCCAAUGAGGGACGCGAGAGCUUUGUUACAUUGUCUUCAGCUGGUCUCUGAUACGUGUUUAGAUGUGCGCUGUUGAUCAUUGUUGCCAUGUUGUUAUGUGCCAUUUGCCUUUGUUCUCCGAGGUCGGAGGGACUUGCGAGAGGACGCUGCUGCUGUAGGCUGAAAAGAGUACCUGUGUUGUGACCGUAGCAGGACUUGCAUCAGAAGUCUAGUUGCAUCCGAUUCCAGAGGCUUGAUGUUUGUAAAUGUUAACAGUGUCCGUCUCUGGGAUGUAGGGAGGCAUGUCCGCACCGCGUCGGUGUUCGACUUAAUGAGCCUUCCAUUGACGCACGUUCUAUAGUAAUCUGACGUCAUCAGCUCAUAGCAAUCGCUAUGGAAUGCAAUGGCCACCGUAGAUAUCU